CUCCCCAAGAUACUACUCUGCACGACGCCAAGGAGACGUGCCUCUGCUGGAGGGGGCGGUCACACAACUCUAUCCGGCCCUAUGUGUUAGCUCAGCAAGCAGAAUUUCAUUCUGACCUUAGCGUGGAAAGCAAAAUAAUCUCAAAGAGUUGGUGUGACAGCUGUAAUGGCUGGCCACCUCCUCAUAUCUGCCGUGAUCCUUUGCAGUAUUUUCAGUGGAGCUGUUCAAGGCUGCGACAGUGGGCAGUUCCGCUGUGGCUCGGGCGCGUGCAUUCCCCGCAGCUGGGUCUGCGACAGCAUCAACGACUGCUCCGACAACUCAGAUGAGAGAGGCUGCUCCCCUGCAACAUGUUCGACGCUCCAGUUCAGGUGUCUAAGUGACAACCGGUGCAUCGCACGCGCAUUUGUGUGCGACGGAGAAGCGGACUGUGCGGACAGAUCAGACGAGCACCAGAACUGCCCUGGAAGCACGUGCUCAAGCAGCCACUUCACGUGCGCUUCUGGACACUGCGUACAGAGCGCGUUCCGCUGCGACCACUUCCAGGACUGCGAUGACCGCUCCGACGAGCAGAGCUGCCAGUACCCGACAUGCGGAGAGAUGACCUGCGCCAACGGAGCCUGCUUCAACACAGCGCAGCGGUGCGACGGGGUGGUCAACUGCCGGGACUUGUCUGACGAAGCCAACUGCACGGCAAGAUGCCCAGCGGGUGAAUUCCAGUGUGCGAAUGAAAGAUGCGUCCCCCAGUCCUAUCGCUGUGACCACAUUGAUGACUGCACGGAUGGAAGUGAUGAAAAUGGCUGUGUUUACGGGACAUGCCAGGGUAACCAGUUCACCUGCGCCAGCGGCCGCUGCAUUCUGCAGAGCUGGGUGUGUGAUGGAGACGAGGACUGCUUUGAUGGGAGUGAUGAAAGAGGAUGUGCGAGCGACGAGAGAGAAUGCUACCCGGAGGAGUGGCCAUGUCCUGGCAGCAAGGCGUGCAUCCCCUUCAGGAAGGUCUGUGAUGGGAGACGCGACUGCCCGCACGGCACAGACGAGAGCAACUCCACUGCUGGACUCGCCUGCUCUAUCGAGAAUUGUGGAGCCCUGAGUUGUGAAUAUCGCUGCCACGCUUCGCCCGCGGGGGGCGCCUGCUACUGCCCGCCCAGCUUCGUCGUCUCAAACAACAGCAUCACCUGCAUGGAUUUUGACGACUGCAAGAUGUGGGGAGUGUGCGACCAGUUCUGCGAGAACCGCCCGGCAGGACACACGUGCCAAUGCAGCCCUGGUUACUCGCUGGAAUACAACAAGCACUGCCGUGCUGACGUGGCCAGUGGCGUUGCGUCGCUCCUCUUCUCCAACGGAAAGGACCUCAUGAUGAGCGACCUGCAGGGCCGCACCGUCCGUGUGCUGGUGCCUUCGCAGAACCGCGGAGUGGCCGUCGGUGUUGACUACCACUACAUCCUCCGCCGCGUCUUCUGGACUGACACCAUGCAAAACAAGGUACUUUCGGUAAACAUGGACACAUUGGCAGUGGAGACGGUGCUGUCAGUGGCCCUGGACAUGCCCGAGAACUUGGCCGUGGACUGGAUUAGCAACAAGCUGUACAUUGUGGAGAGCUCGGUGGACCGUAUCGACGUGACUGACCUGAACGGAGCGAACCGACUAACGCUCAUCGCUGAGAAUCUGGGGAGACCCCGUGGCAUCGCUCUCGACCCGACCGUCGGGUACAUGUUUUUCUCAGACUGGGACGACGUGUCGGGCAACCCUCGGUUGGAGCGAGCGUACAUGGACGGCACCAACCGCUUGGCCCUUGUGCGCACCAAGCUGGGCUGGCCCGCCGGCAUCACGCUCGACUUCGUGCUGCAGCGCGUCUUCUGGGUGGACAACCGCUUCGACUACAUCGAGAGUGUCACCUACGACGGCCUGAACAGGAAAACGAUCCUGAGUGGCGGUGCGAAUGUUCCACACCCGUUUGACAUCACCACAUUUGAGCAUUACGUCUACUUCACGGACUGGACGCGCAUGGAGGUGACUCGCGUCAAUGUCUUCAACGGGAGUGACCUCCAAGUGGUGCACCGCUCCAAUAUUCAGCCUUAUGGGGUCAUCGUCCACCACUCUCUGCGCCAGCCCCAGGUGCGCAAUCCGUGCGGGUCGAAUAACGGUGGCUGUGAGCAGAUCUGCGUGCUCAGCCACCGGACGGACAACGCGGGCCUCGGCUAUCGCUGCAAAUGCCGCGUGGGCUUCGACCUGCAGCCCGAUGGCCUCCACUGCUUCCCUGUCACCAAGUUUCUGCUGUUUUCCGCGAUGACAUCUGUGCGGGGCAUCCCUCUAAACCAGUCCCAGCAAGAGGACGUCAUCCUCCCCGUCAUGGGCAGCCAUGUGACCUUUGUCGGGAUCGAUUUCGAUGCCGGCUCACAGCGAGUGAUCGUCUCCGACACAUCUCAGGGGAAAAUAUUCCAGCAAAAUCUCGACGGCACCGGGAGGGUGAACUUGACGUCGCGCGAUGUCUCGUCUGUGGAAUCCCUGGCCUACGACUGGAUCUCUAAGAACCUGUACUGGACCGACACACACAGCCGGGUGGUCACUGCCAUGCGGCUCGUCGACCAAUCCCGUCGCAACGUCCUCGCGAACCUGCAGAACCCGCGCUCCAUUGUCGUGCACCCACUGCAGGGGUAUAUUUUCUACAGUGACUGGAACCGGCCAGCCAAGAUUGUGCGAGCCUGGUGCGAUGGUUCUCAUGCCACCCCGAUUGUCAACACCACCCUAGGCUGGCCCAAUGGCCUGGCCAUCGACUGGCAGAGCCCCUGGAACCCCAAGUUGUAUUGGGUGGACGCAUUUUUUGACCGCAUCGAAUUUAGCAACUUCAAUGGACAGAACCGACAGCGGCUGGAUCGUAUUAGUCAUCUCGCUCAUCCAUUUAGCAUCUCCAUUCACGGAGGAUUUGCCUAUUUCUCGGACUGGCGACUGAAUUCAAUUGUGCGUGUGCGGAAGAUGGACGGUGGGGAGGCAGUAAUCAUCCGCCAAGGCAUUCAAUAUCUGAUGAAUGUGAAAGUCUAUGACACAGACAUACAGACAGGCAGCAAUGCUUGCAACCGGCCAGCGAAUCCCAACGGCGACUGCACCCACUUCUGCUUCCCGGCCCCGAGCGGCGCGCGCGUGUGCGGCUGUCCAUACGGCAAGCGUCUCGCCGAGGACGGGAGAAUGUGCGCGGACAACCCCUUGGAGCCCCCCACGCCGCAGUGCUCGUCCGCCGAAUUCUUCGCCUGCGCCAACGGCCGCUGCGUCCCUCGCCUCUUCCUGUGCGACGGCUACGACGACUGCCACGACGGCAGCGACGAGCGUGGAUGCGGAACUGGCAACGUGACAUGCUCCCCUUUCGCGUUUACGUGCACCAACCGGCGCUGCAUCCCGAUCGACUGGCGCUGUGAUGGCGAGGAUGACUGUGGAGAUCACAGCGAUGAGCAAAGCUGUCCCACGCGUCUCGCCACCACCUGCCGGGCCGAUCAGUUUACCUGCGCCUCGGGAAACAGAUGCAUCCCUCGCUAUUGGAUCUGCGACACCGACAAUGACUGCGGGGAUGGUUCGGACGAGCGUGGAUGUGAUAUGUCUGGAACCUGUCAUCCAAUGCAGUUCCAGUGCCCUGAUCACAGAUGCAUCGACAACGCGUACGUGUGUGAUGGGGACUCGGACUGUGUUGAUGGUGCCGAUGAGAGAGGAUGUGUCUUCAAUUGCACAUCAUACCAGUUCUCGUGCUCUAGUGGAGACCAGUGCAUCUCCACUUACUACCGCUGCGAUGGAGCCCUUGACUGUCGGGAUCGUUCAGAUGAAGUCGGCUGUCCCACACGUGCACCCGGCCUGUGCCACAACGACGAGUUCCAGUGCCAGUCGGAUGGGCUGUGCAUCCCGGCUGGCUGGGAGUGUGACGGGCACCCGGAUUGUGAUGACGGGUCAGACGAGCACCCCGGCUGCCCCCCGCGCACCUGCGCUGCGGGGUACCUGCGCUGCGACAACGGCAACUGCGUGCCCGAGUCGUGGCGCUGUGACGGGGACAACGACUGCCGUGACGGCACGGACGAGCGCGACUGCCCCACGCCGUCCUACCGGUGCCAGUCGCCCUCGCAGUGGCUUUGCCCCAACCAUCGAGUGUGUGUGGAUCUGCACAAGGUCUGCGACGGGGAUUUCGACUGCCCCGACGGCGGCGAUGAGUCCCCGCACUGCAAUGAGCACGACUGCUCUGUGAACAAUGGCGGCUGCUCGCACGGCUGCGUCCAGGGACCGUUUGGCGCCCAGUGCACCUGCCCUCCCGGCUUCCAGCUCCUCGACGACACUAAGAACUGCGCCGACGUGGACGAGUGCCAGCCCCCGGGCACCUGCAGCCAGCAGUGCGUCAACGAGCACGGCUCCUUUCGCUGCCACUGCGACCUGGGCUACACGAUGGAAUCCGACCGCCGCACGUGCAAGGCUAACGAUCGACAUGAGGUGUUGCUGCUGGUGCCCAGCCGGAGCCAAAUCUACUCUGACAACAUCACAGCCACUCCCAACGUGCUGAGCUCCGUCGUGCGCAACGGUCGGAGCAUCGUAGCCGUGGACUUUGACGCAAGGGCUGGCCGCAUUUACUGGACAGACGUGGCCGAAGACAAGAUCUGGAGCGCCCUUCGCAAUGGCACUGACCGUCAGCUGAUUUUUAACAGUGGCCUAACGGUUACCGAAAACCUGGCUGUGGACUGGAUUGGCAAGAAUCUUUACUGGCUGGACUUUGUGCUGGAGACGAUCGGGGUGUCGCGACUGGAUGGCAGCCACCGCACUGUGCUCAUCAGCACGAACGUCACCAACCCUCGCGGCCUCGUGCUGGACCCCCGUGACGGCUCACGCACAAUGUUUUGGACGGACUGGGGCAAGAAUCCACGGAUCGAGCGAGCCGGCAUGGACGGCAGCUUGCGCAGAACGAUCGUGAGCAGCAAGUUGUACUGGCCCAACGGGCUGGCUAUUGACUACGCCACAAAUUUGCUCUACUUCGCCGAUGCAUACCUGGACUUCAUUGAUUUCUGCGACUUCAACGGACAGAACCGGCGUCAGGUCCUCGCCAGCGACUUGAUCCUGCAGCAUCCCCAUGCCAUCACCAUCUUUGAGGACUUUAUGUACUGGACCGACCGUUCUACCAACCGCGUGAUGCGAGCCAACAAGUGGCAUGGAGGCAACCAGUCGACAAUGAUCUACAACCUCCAGCAGCCCAUGGGGCUGGUGGCCAGCCACUCCGUCAGACAACCCACAGCUACGAACCCCUGUUUGGGCCAGCCCUGCAGCCACUUGUGUCUGCUCUCGCCGAUCACACCCCUCUUCUACUCAUGCGCCUGCCCCUCGGGGUGGAACCUCGGGCCAGACGGCCGCACCUGUCAGAAGGAGGAUCGGCCAUUCCUCAUUGUGGUGAGGAGCAGCAUCAUCUUUGGCAUCUCACUGGAUCCCAACCAGACAAGCAACGAUGCCAUGGUGCCCAUCGCUGGAAUCAGCAAUGGCUACGAUGUUGACUUUGAUGACCGCGACCAGUUCAUCUACUGGGUGGAGAAUCCUGGGUCGAUUCACCGGGUGAAGACGGAUGGGACAAACCGGACACAGUUUGCUCCGUCAGCCAUCCUCGGCGCCCCAUCGGGCUUGGCCAUUGACUGGAUAAGCCGAAAUCUUUACUACACCAACCCUCGCUCACAGACCAUUGAGGUGAUAAAGAUGGAUGGAGUGCAAAACUACCGGAAAACAAUUAUUGGUAACAACGGACAGACAACAGGUGUCGGAUACCCAGUGGGAAUUGCUCUCGAUCCAUCUCGCGGGAGGCUGUAUUGGACAGACCACGGCUCUGACAGUGGGGUCCCUGCGAAGGUCGCCGCUGCUGACAUGGACGGCUCAAACCCCACGGUUUUGUUCAGCGGCAACAUGGACCACGUGGACUUCAUCACGCUCGACACGCGGGAGCAAAAGCUGUACUGGGCAGUGGCUGGCACCGGCGUGAUUGAGCGUGGCGACGUCACAGGACUCAACCGCAUCACGGUGGUGCAGCAUCUGUCACACCCGUGGGGCGUGGCCGUGCACGAGAGCCACCUCUACUACACCGACUAUGACUACGAGGUGGUGGAGCGCGUGGGCAAGGACGGCUCCACGCCUGUCCUCAUGCGCUCCAACAUUCCGGGCCUCAAGUGCCUCAAAGUGCAUUUCCGUGACACCUCGUCGGGCACAACCAACGCCUGCAGCAGUGGCAAUGGCGGCUGUCAGCAGCUGUGUUUGCCACGGCCAAAUGCCCAGCGUGCUUGUGGCUGCGCUACAGGUUUCCAGCUGGCACCUGACCAGAUCUCUUGCCAGCUCUACGAAUCAUUCGUCAUUGUCUCCCAACUCAGCGCCAUCCGUGGAUUUCACAUCAACAGCACUGACCACUCGGAGGCUAUGGUGCCCGUAGCUGGAACAGGCCGCAACGCGCUGCAUGUGGACGUCCAUAUGCCAUCGGGCUUCCUCUACUGGUGUGACCACGGCUCAGCGUCUGCCUACAGAGGAAUCCGCCGCAUCAAACCGGAUGGGUCCGGCUUUCAGACCAUUGUCUCCAGCGGCAUCGGGCCCAGCGGGGUGGCAGGCAUUGCUGUGGACUGGGUGGCAGGAAACCUCUACUUCACCAACGUCUUCUCGUCGGAGACCCACCUGGAGGUGCAGCGUCUGGACACGUCCUUCCGGCGCGUGCUCUUCAAGACGAGUGUGGACCGGCCGCGCCACCUCGCCGUAGACCCACGCGCACGCUUCCUCUUCUGGGUGGACGCCGGUCAGCGGCCCAAGAUCGAGCGAGCCUUCCUGGAUGGCACCAACCGCUCGGUGGUGCUGGAUGUGGGCCUCCUCUCGCCCCGUAGCCUCACCAUCGACCGCGCCACUGACUGGGUGUACUGGGCGGACGACGGGCUCGACCGCAUCGGGCGGUUGGCUCCUGAUGGCAGCACGUGGCAGGUGGUGAGAGAGGGCCGUGGCUACCCGGCCCCCUAUGGCCUGGCGAUCUACGGCAGCAACUUGAUCUGGGUCGACCGAAACUUGCGCAAGGUGCUGCAGGCCAGCAAGGAACCACAGGCCUCUCCACCGCCACCAGAGGUGAUUCGCGACAACCUGGGCACACUGCGUGACGUCACCAUCUUCGACCCACGUGUGCAGCCCACAGCUCCCGAGCUCAUUAACUUCAAUCCAUGCCGGCUGAACAACGGCGGCUGCCAGCAGUUCUGCUUCGCCCUGCCCAAUGUCACGACAGCCACGUGUGCCUGCGCUCACGGAGAGCUGGGCUCGGACCGAGUGAGCUGUGUGAUGCCCUCCGACGAGUACCUCGUGUUUGUUACGGAAGACUCCAUCCGCAGCAUGCGCCUCGACCCAGAGGACCACAGCCUGCCCAUCCCAACUGCACAAGUGUCACGAGUGGCAGUGGCGCUGGACUUUGACAUCGCAGAUGGGCGAGUGUACUUCACGCAGAGCAUGGGUCUGGCUCGCAGCCGAAUCAGCUUCUUCAGUCUGAGUUCCCCCUCCUCUGUCACCGUAAUUGCCAGCGAUCUGGGUUCCCCUGACGGGAUCGCGUUCGACUGGAUCAAUCGGCGCAUCUACUACAGCGACUACGCCAACCAAACCAUCGGCUCCAUGGGGCUGGACGGCGGCAACCGCACGGUGGUGGCGCUCGUGCCGCGGCCGCGUGCCAUCAUGCUGGACCCGUGCAAGGGUUACAUGUACUGGACAGACUGGAGUGUCAAUGCCAAGAUUGAAAGGGCCACGCUGGGUGGAAACUUCCGAGUUCCAAUCAUCAACAGUAGCCUUGUGUGGCCCAAUGGACUCACACUCGACUACUCAGAAAACAUGCUGUACUGGGCUGAUGCUUACAGGCAGAAGAUCGAACGGUCCACGCUGUCCGGCGACAGGCGUGAGGUGAUCGUCAGCAUGGCGGUGUACCCCUUCGCCCUGACCAUACACGAGCAGCACGUUUACUGGACGGACUGGAACACUAAGAGUGUGUACCGUGCCACCAAGGACGAUGGCGCGGACCAGGUGGUCAUGAUCCAGAACCUGCCCUACCGGCCCAUGGACAUUCACAUACUGACGGCCAGCAAGCAGCAGCGUUGCUCAAACCCAUGCAACCAGUUCAACGGCGGCUGCAGCCACAUCUGUGUGCCAGGUCCCGGUGGCGUGGAGUGCCAGUGCCCUGCGCAGGGCCGUUGGUACUUGGCCAACGGCGGCAAGGACUGCAUCGACGACAACGGGCAGCAGUGCGCCACCAGCCAAUUCACGUGCCUCAAUGGCCGCUGCAUUCCAUCCCGCAACAAGUGUGACAACCGGGACAACUGCCGUGACGGCAGUGAUGAGCUCGAGAGGGUCUGCGCUUUCCACACGUGCGAGCCCACCGACUUCACGUGCCGCAACGGGCGCUGCGUGCGCUACAGCUACCGCUGCGACCACACCAACGACUGCGGGGACAGCAGCGACGAGGAGGGGUGCACCUUCCGCACCUGCGACCCGGCCGCCGAGUUCGCCUGCACCAACGGGCGCUGCAUCGCCCGCUCCCAAGUCUGCAACGGCGUCAACAACUGCCGCGACAACGCCACGUCGGACGAGCAGCACUGCCCUGAGCGUACCUGCCGGCCAGGCCUCCUCAAGUGCCUGACGACUAACAUCUGCGUACCUCGACAUUACCUCUGCGAUGGUGAUAACGACUGUGGCGACAACAGCGACGAAAACCCCAUCUUCUGCCAUUCCGUGUCGUGCAGCGCCAAUGAGUUCCGCUGUGGAAACGGCCAGUGCAUCCCCCUCGCGUGGGUGUGCGACAGUGAGCAGGACUGCACGGACAACGCAGAUGAGCCCUCCUCCUGCUCGGACCCGGGACGCACCUGCCCCAGCACGCAGUUCACCUGCGACAGCGGGCGCUGCAUCCCUGGCAGCUGGAUCUGCGAUGGCGACAACGACUGUGGGGACGGCAGCGACGAGGACGGGAGGCACGCGUGUGGUGCGCGCACGUGCGGCCCCGACGAGUUCACGUGCGCCAACACGAGCCCGCCGCGGCGGCGCUGCAUUGAGCGCAGAUUCGUGUGCGACGGCGACGCCGACUGCUCCGACGCACUCGACGAGCAUCAGAACUGCACGCGGCGAUCCUGCACGGCCGGCGAGUUCGCCUGCGACAAUGGCCUCUGCGUGCACAGUCGAUACCGGUGUGACAGGAGGAACGACUGCGGUGAUGGGUCAGACGAGCGUGGUUGCACAUACCCCACGUGCCGGCAGAACCAGUUCACCUGCGAGAACGGGCGCUGCAUCCCGCGAAUCUUUGCCUGCGAUGGAGAUAACGACUGUGGGGACGGAUCUGAUGAAGACACCCACUUGUGUCACCAGCCGCGCCCCACCUGCGCUCCGGGAUUCUUUCAGUGCGGUGGGGGAGAGUGCAUAGCCGUCCACCUGGUGUGCAACCAGGCCAACGACUGCGCAGAUGGCAGCGACGAGAAGGGAUGUGGCAUUAAUGAAUGCCUCUACGCAUCCAUAAACCAGUGCGCCCACAAUUGCACCAACACCCUCACGAGCUUCUACUGCUCCUGUUGGGCUGGCUUCCGGCUCAUGGCGAAUGGCAGGGCAUGUGAGGACAUUGACGAGUGUAACGAGACCCCGCAGGUGUGCAGUCAACUGUGCGAGAACACGGCAGGCUCGUACUUCUGCAAGUGCGCACCAGGUUACGUGCGCUUGCCCGACGGGCGCACGUGCCGGCAGAACAGCGGGGUGGAGCCGUACCUGAUCUUCUCCAACCGCUACUACGUACGCAACAUGACGGUGGGCGGCGGCAGCUACACGCCUAUCCUGCAAAACCUCACCAACGUGGUGGCGCUGGACUUUGAUCGGGUGGAGCGCCGUCUCUACUGGGUCGAUUACGGCCGGCGCACGAUCGAGCGCAUGUUCCUCAACCGCACGGGGCUGGAGACGGUGAUGAAGCAUGAUCUGCCAGCACCGGAAGGAUUGGCCAUUGACUGGGUGGGCAGGAAGAUGUACUGGGCGGACGCCGUGCUGGACUGCGUGAACGUGGCAGAGCUGGACGGACGCUACCGCAAGAAGCUGCUGUCGGGAUGCGUGGAUACCAACCACACGUACUGCCUGGAGAAUCCACGAGGGGUCACACUGCACCCCAGAUUCGGGUACUUGUACUGGACGGACUGGGGAAACACGCCGUACAUUGCCCGCAUGGGCAUGGAUGGAAAAAACAAGUCUGUUGUGAUCAGCACCAAGUUGGAAUGGCCCAAUGGUCUCACCAUCGAUUACACCACGGAUCGCAUAUUCUGGUCGGAUGCUCAUCUCAAUUACAUUGAGUACGCAAACCUAGAUGGAAGCCAUCGGCACACAACACUGGCGGGCUCAUUGCCGCACGUCUUCGCGCUCACCGUCUUUGAGGACACGAUCUUCUGGACUGACUGGAACACGAGGAGCAUUGAGAGCGCGCACAAGUACACGGGCGAAGGCCGCACCAUGCUGGCCAACACCACGCACCGGCCCUUUGACAUCCACGUGUAUCACCCCUACCGCCAGCCGCCAGUGCCCAACCCGUGUGGCAGCAACAACGGCGGCUGCUCCCACCUCUGCCUGGUGGCGGCCGGUGGCGCCGGCUUCCAGUGCGAGUGCCCCGACGACUUUGCGGCCAUCCACGUGGGCACGACCGUGCGCUGCCUGGCCCGCUGCACCAGCACCCAGUUCCGUUGCCAGGACGAUGAGAGGUGCAUCCCGAUUUGGUGGAAGUGUGAUGGGCAACGGGACUGUCGCGAUGCCUCGGACGAGCCGGCGACGUGCCCUCACCGCUACUGCCCCAUUGGGCGCUUCCAGUGCCGCGACGGCAACUGCACCAGCUCCAACCUCCUUUGUAAUGGCAACAACAAUUGCCCCGACGGCUCGGACGAGGAGGACACCCUAUGCUUCAACCACCGGUGCAACAGCAACCAGUGGCAGUGCAUGAAUAAGCGCUGCAUCCCAGCGGCGUGGCUGUGCGACGGCGGGCCGGACUGUCAGGACGGCAGCGAUGAGGACUCCGCCACCUGCGCCGCGCGGACAUGCGCCCCGGGGCAGUUUCGCUGCAACAAUGGGCGCUGCAUCCCCCGCUCGUGGGUGUGUGACGUGGACGACGACUGUGGGGAUGGCUCUGACGAGCCUCACGACACCUGCAUGGGUCCGAGCCACCGGUGUGACAGCCACACAGAGUUCGCCUGCAGGACCAACUACCGCUGCGUCCCGACGUGGGCUGUGUGUAACGGCAUGGACGACUGUCGUGACAACUCUGAUGAGCAGGGCUGUGCGGAGAUAACUUGUGACCCUCUGGGUGAUUACCGCUGUGACAACCACCGCUGUAUCCCACUGCGAUGGAGGUGCGAUCGAUACGAUGACUGUGGCGAUGGCUCUGAUGAACGCAACUGUGCCCCAAGGCCAUGCUCCGAAAGCGAGUUCCGCUGCACAAACCAGCGCUGCAUCCCGGGACGCUGGGUCUGCAACCAUGAAAAUGACUGCGGUGAUAAUUCAGACGAGCGCGACUGUGAACUGCGGACGUGCCUGCCUGGCUACUUCCAAUGCGGGAGCGGUCACUGCAUCCCUGAGCGCUUGAAGUGCGAUGGCUCUGCUGACUGCCAGGACUUCUCUGAUGAGUCUUUGUGCCCCACGCGCUAUCCAAACGGGACGUGGUGCCCACCAUCCUCGUUCGAGUGCGACAACCACGUGUGUAUCCCGCCCUCGUGGAAGUGCGACGGAGACAAUGAUUGCGGCGACGGCUCGGAUGAGGAGCUGCACCACUGCUUGGACGUACCUUGCCAUCCACCCGGACGCUUCCGCUGCGAUAACAACCGCUGCAUCUACAGCCAUGAGAUCUGCAACACCGUGGAUGACUGUGGAGAUGGGAGCGAUGAGACGCCCGACAAAUGUAAGGAGCCCACGUUUGCGCCGUGCACAGAAGAAGAGUUUAAGUGCACCAAUGGGCGGUGCAUCCCGAUGGCAGCCGUCUGCAACAACUACAACGAGUGCAGAGAUAACACCGACGAGACCGGAUGCAACCAGGGACAGGACCGAACUUGCGCCGAGCGGAUUUGUGAGCAGAACUGCACAAACUUACCUGAGAAUGGAUUCAUUUGUUCCUGUCGACCGGGCUUCACGGCCAAUGCUGAAAACCGCAACAACUGUGAUGAUGUGAAUGAGUGUGAAGUGUUCGGAACAUGCCCUCAGGACUGCCAGAAUGCAAAGGGUACUUACGAGUGCUUCUGUGUGGAUGGCUACCACUCAGCUGCGGGCAGCUACGGCAAGCGCUGCAUUGCCAACGAUAAUUCGCCGCUGCUGUUGCUGGCUGACAAGGUGCGUGUGCGCAAGUACGACCUGACAUCGCAGAAGCAAGCGGAUUACAUAUCUAAUGAGGAAGACAUCCAAGCCCUGGACUUUGACUGGGAUCAUGAUGGCACAGGGCUCAGUAUGGUGUACUACACUGUUUUGAGGAGUGGCGGAAAGUUUGGCUCUAUUAAACGUGCUUACCUGCCGGCAUUCUCCAAUUCCAGCGAAAACUUGGCAACUGGCAUCAACCUGGGCCUACGUUACAUUAGUCAGCCAGAUGGCAUUGCCGUGGACUGGGUCGGGAGGCACAUCUACUGGACAGAUGCACAAACAAGCAGGAUUGAGGUGGCCUUGCUGGACGGCAGAUACCGAAAGCAGCUCAUCAACUCUGUCUUAGACAAGCCAGCGGCAAUUGCCCUCAACCCCAGGCUCGGGAUGAUGUACUGGACUGACUGGGGUGUGGUGCCCAAAAUUGAGAUGGCGUGGAUGGAUGGCCAGCAGCGCCAGCAUCUUGUGCAAGGUCUGUUGGGAUGGCCAACAGGCCUAGCUGUGGAUCAUACCAACAACGGUCGAAUCUAUUGGUCUGACGCCAAGGAGAAUGUCAUCGAAUCUGUGAAGCCUGAUGGAGGAGAUCGACGGACUGUCAUCUCUGGAGACCUCGGAAACCCAUUCACGCUGGACGUGUUUGAGAACAAUGUGUACUGGACCACACGGGAGACUGGACAAGUCUGGCAGCAGAACAAGUUUGGGAGCGGUGUGAAGAGCCACAUUCUCACGGUCAACUCCUGGCUGUCCCAGGCGCGGGUUUUUCAGAAGCAUCGCUACAAUAUCAAUGUAAAAAAUCCAUGCAAAGGCACCUGCAGCCACCUGUGCUUGCUUCGACCACAGGGAUACACCUGUGCCUGUCCCCAAAAUGCACAAUUCAUUCCAGGCAGUGAAACUGAGUGUGAUGCUGCUAUUGUGCCACCUCCUACGAUGCCACCUGCCUGCUUCUGUGUCAAUGGUGGGACCUGUUAUUUCAGCAGUGAUGGGAAUGCACAUUGCAGAUGCGUGUCAGGGUACACUGGGAACUACUGUCAGAUGUCAACAUUUAUCGGACUCAUAUCUUCCUCUGUUGUGGCUGUGAUUGUUAUUAUGGUCGUCAUUGGUCUCAUCGGAGGACUGCUCGCGUUUGCCCACUUCAAUUACAAGCACAAAGGAUUGCCUUUGCCACUGCCCAAUCUCACCAGCAUUGUCAGCAUUUUCAAGUCACAGAGAGCAAGUGCACCUGAGGCUGAGAGGGGACGAGAUGUCUACGUAAACAUUGAGAGACCCGGGAUGAAUACAGACGCUGCUAUUAAUGCAGCCUUGGAAAUGGACAAGAAUAUGGCAGAUGGAGGGAGGCCUCCAGUGAAUUUUGAAAACCCUUUAUAUGGAGCCCAUGCUGAUGCUGAAAUGCGCAUCUCCAGACUUCCCAAGGAAAUGGUGAGCUCUGGACAAAUGGAGGGAGCUGCUGCUUCUGAAAGCCUCGGCUUUGCAUCAGAGGCCUCAAGUACAGCAGAUGCUGCUGCAUCACAGGAAAAGAAGAGGUUUAGCUUCUUUGGGAAGAAGGAGAAAACUGAGAACAAUUUUGAAAAUCCGCUAUACUCUCAGAAACAAAGUGACCACGAGGGAAACACAGGCGACACCUGAAGCUAAUCUGUUAUUCGGAUCCUCCGAUACACUGGUCACGUGUCAGGGACUCACAAAGAGGUUAGAUACUUAAUACAUUAUUAGGCUCACAAUGAUUCACCUCCCCAGAAAUUUGAUGCAUAGUUAUGAUUAAUUGUCAUGAUUCAAUCUUGACUCAAAGCUUUCGUGACUGCAGGAAUUCAUAUUCUUUGGGUCUUUCGGUAAAGUCACGUAGAUAGGUUCAUCUGAUGACGACCGCUUGUGUUGUGAUCGAAACGUCGUAGUUUUUUGUUAUUUUGUUCUUUGGAACCUAUCUACGUGACUUUACCGAAAGACCCAAAGAAUAUGGUCAUGAUUGAAUUUAAUUGAUCGGAAUUUUUUCCGUCUCAUUUGUACUCCAUCCUUUUUUUUUAUCUUGCUUGUACAACCAUGUUCACUCCUUAGCCUGAACGUAACGGUACCAUAUUAGUAGCAAUAGUUGUGCAUCCUAUACGAUUAUAGUAAACUAAUAUGGCCAGGAUUCUAAACAUUUAUCGUGAGUGUAGGAAAUGAAUUUUAAACCAAUGCAUCAUUACAUGCUUAGAUAAACAUUGGUAAAAAAUGCCAAAGAAAACACCAAAGCGAAUUGUGUCUCUAACAAAUGUAGUAUUUCGAUGGUUUUUUUACAAUGUUCCUGUCAAAGCUAAUUUGUCAAAGUUAAGGAAUAAGCUUUUUUUAAUGAUUUUUUUACCUCUAAUUUAUUUUACAUUAUUUACAUAUGUAAAACCAGACUAAGAAUCACACACCUCUGUUCUAUAAUUUAUUCUUCCAAUGGCUCACUGUUAAUGCAAGUCUGUUAUUUAACAUAUUAGAAUAGCCACCUACUGCUGAUCUUAUAUCUAUUUUAAUCCAAAUGUAAUUGUGUAAUUAUCUCACACUGAGCCAAGUGCCGAUAACCUGAAUGUAAUGUGUACACUGGCUAAAAUCUUUUACAAUUUAAUUUCCUGUUGAUGAUGAAGACAUGGAGACAUUUGACCUCCAAUACCGAAGUGUUGACUACUGAUUUGCGCAGUUGUGGGUGUUUCAGCUGUUGUUCUUAUUGUACCUGUGACUCAUUUUGCGAGGCUGAUUAACACGUAAACGUUUAAAUUAUGCACUACUGCAGUGUUUGACGUGCAUACAAACUGUGAACAAUUUUGUAAAAUACCAAACACUAUACCCCCUUCUCACUCUCAAAGUCUGGUAUGAUGACGCUUUGAUUUUGUCGCGGUUGGGGGGGGGGGAUGAUAGGUUUUCAUGAUAAAUAAAGUGAUUUUCUUCCAAAA